UGAGGGGCGGCGCAGAGGAGCGGCGCAUGAGGAGGGCACUGAGGGUGCGUGGGAGGGGUGUGGAAGGAGGAGUGGGGUGUAGGGGUGAAAAAAGAAAUUCCAAAGUGUGGUAUGAUAAUGAUACAAGUUGCUGACAAUCCCUGGUGGUUUUGGGGUGAGGGAGAGGGAGAGGAGUGGACGCAAGGGGGAAGGGGUGCACACGGAGGGAGGGGGACGAGGAGCUGCCCUGUGGGGUCCCCUUCGCCCAGCUCAAUGCAAGCUGGAGACGACGAGGAGGGUGGUGUGGAGGUGGAGGAGGACGGGUGGGACGUGGUGCAGGCGCCCUUCCUGCCGCCGCCUCCCUCGCAGCCGGACGAGGUGGAGCACUGGACCCGGGCCAUGUUCACUGAUGCCACCACCACCAGCGCGGGGGGCAGCAGCGGGAGCAGCGGGAGCAGGGCGCAUGGAGGGAC